AAAUGUAAUGCAACAGGGAUGUCUUGUUGAUGUCCAAAAGUGACUUUUUAUUGCAGAUUGACAGGGUGAAAGUGUGUCAAGAGGGUCAUAUCAGAAGUCUGGAUGCUCUGAAGUGUCUUUCUGUGUCACAUGAUCAGGUAUUUAUAGAAGACCUGGGACCUAAAUAACCUAGUAUGCAGUCAAUGCGAUGCCCCCCAAACCUACUGAGAACACAACAACAGCACUUGCCAUCAGAAAAAGUAUCCACUAGGACACUGUGAUGGAUUUGGACCCAUCUGGAGGGGGUUUGGACGAGGAUGUGGCAACUCAAGUCAUGAUCGAGCAGAGUCUCCUGCAGCGCCACAAACAAGCGGAGAUCAGGAGCUCUUUCUCCGGUGAAUCCUGCAGGAUCAUUCAGAUCACCCCUGAGAGAGAGAAGAUAUUCAGUGCAAUAAAGAAUGGUGAUGAAAAGUCCCUCCGUAAGCUGACUGUCCAUCAGCGAGCGUUCUCUGAAGAGGACGACACAGGCUACAUCCCCUUACACGAGGCCGCUAUACAGAACAACCAGAACAUCCUCGAGAUCACAUUUACCGCCUCUCCUGAGGAUGCCAAGCACAGAAAGACUCAUCGGGGUAAGACGGCUCUCUUCUUAGCAGUGGAGAAAGGUCUUUUGGACAACGCCUGUUUCCUGCUGGACCACGGCAGCAGUCCGGACGCACUGGAUAAGGAGGAAGACUCGCCGCUCGUCGUAGCCAUAAGAAACAACCACUACGACAUGACGAAGCUCCUGCUAAACUUCAGUGCCAGAGUUAAUCAGGAGGCAGCCAACCGCAGGACAGUCCUGCAUGAAGCCGCCCGGCUCGGCCUGACAGAUUUCGUGGAUCUGUUGCUGAAGUACGGAGCUCAUCCCGACCCCAGAAGCUCCUACGGCCUGACGCCGUUAGCAUUAGCUGCACAGACCGGACACCUGGAGAUCAUCCGAACACUUCUCCGGAGAGGUGCUGAUGUGGAGUCUCAGGCUCAGGAUUGUGCAUCAAUAUUGUUUGAGGCGUCUGCUUCAGGAAACCCUGACGUCAUCUCAUUACUGCUGGAGCACGGCGCUGACGCUAACAUCCCCAAACACACGGGACACCUGCCCAUCCACAGAGUGGCCCACCGCGGACACGUCAAGGCUCUGGCUCUGCUGAUACCCGUGACGUCUUUGGACGCGGUGGAUGACAGUGGGAUCAGUCCUCUUCAUUCAGCCGCAGCGGGGGGACACACUCAGUGUUUGGAGAUGCUGCUGAAGGCCGGUUAUGACCCCAACUUCAUGCUGCACCCGUGGGUGCGUCGCAGCUAUGACGACAAGCGCCAGUCCGCGCUCUACUUCGCCGUUUCCAACGACGACAUCGCCUCCACCCGAGUCCUGCUGGAGGCCGGAGCGAUGCCCAACCAGGACCCUGUCAAGUGCCUGCAGGUGGCGCUGCGGCUGGGAAACUACGAGCUGAUCAACCUGCUGCUUCGCUACGGAGCCAACGUCAAUUACUACUGCAGAGUGAACACCACGCACUUCCCGUCGGCCUUACAGUACGCGCUGAAGGACGAGGUGGUGCUGCGGAUGCUGUGUAACUAUGGUUACGACGUGGAGCGAUGCUUUGACUGUCCGUACGGGGAGGGAUCGCACGUCCCGCAGGGUUACGAGGGCUGGAGUGACACCGUCAUUAAAGACACGCUGUUCUGUGAGGUCAUCUCUGUCUCGUGGCUCAAGCAUCUCUCGGGGAACAUGGUCCGCAUCAUCCUGGAUUACGUCGAUCAUGUGACCUUUUGCUCCAAACUGAAGGUUGCGCUCAUGGAGCAGAAACAGUGGCCUGAAAUCUGCGCAAUUCAAGAGAACGUCCGCUGUCUGCAGCAUCUCUGUCGGCUGAAGAUCAGGGCUUGUUUGGGUCGGUUGCGUUUGAGAGCUCCGAUCUUCAUGAGCUUCCUUCCAUUGCCAGACCGGCUGAAGCAAUACAUCCUUUACAAAGAACAUGAUCUCUACGCUCAGAAGUGCCAAACACAAAGCACAUGAAGCAGAGAAACACACCAUUACAGAUUACAAUAGACUUUUAGUCCGGAAUUAUGUGAAUAUUCUUUAAAUACAGUUAAUAUGAAAUAUGAACAAAGUCUUAAUGUUAACGAAUGUUAGCAAAUAUGUAUAGAACCAUAGGUAUAGAACGCAAUAAUUUGUUCAAAUAAAUAAAUAUUUGUUUUAAGAAAAUAUAGCCAUUAAUGCAUUUGUUUAUAAACAAAAGUGUUUUUUUUUUUAGAAAGCACAUCUGUGUAAAAAGCUUUUUAUCUAUGUUGAAAUAACUUUUAGGAGGAUAAAGUUUUUA